AUGUCCGUAGCCUCGCCGACUGUCCUCCCCCGUGGCGCACUCUUCCCCAUUCUCCUCCCGAGACCGCCACAGCCGCAUCCUACACCGCUGCAGAAGUAUGGAAGACCAGGCCGGCUCAACAGUCGGCGGAACUUGCAGCAGGAGAUGGACGACUUGAGUGAUGAGGAAGACGAGCUCGAUGAUCUUGAAGCAGAUAUCAGGGGUAGAGGAUUCAACUUCCUUGUGCCAAUCGGACGCACGUUCACGCAACACGAGGAAAAGAACGACGCGAGUGGAGGAGAAGCUUCGAGUGAUUCGGACGGUUCUGAGCAUUCAGAUGAGGAGGAGGCGUCUGUCAUGGACGACGAGAUUGACUCCGAGGCGGAGGAAGACCUCGAUGCCGACAUGGAAGAUAUGGACGAGGAGGCGGGGAACAUAACUGGCGAGACCAUUGACACUAACGAGGAUGUUCUAGACGACUCAGACGAUGAGGAUAGUGAGGACUAUGAGGAUGAUGACUAG